ACUUCCUCUCUUCUUAUAUUCAUUCAUAAUUCCCACUCUCUCUCCCAUCCCUAUCCCUAUUCCAUUCUUCCACCAUGAACUCCUCCUCCAUUUUCGCCCUCCUCCUCCUCCUCGCCGCCGCCGCCAUCGCCGCCAACCCAGAACCCGACUGCGGCCCCUGCUCCCAUCCGCCCAUUGUCAAGCCGCCGGGCGGCGGAUUACCCAAAUUGCCCCUCCCUCCCGUCGCCGGAUUACCCAAAUUACCCCUCCCUCCCGUCGGUCUCCCUCCAGUCGGCGGAUUACCCAAAUUACCCAUCCCGCCGGUGGGUGGAUUACCCAAAUUGCCCCUCCCUCCCGUCGGUCUUCCUCCAGUCGGCGGAUUGCCCAAAUUACCCAUCCCGCCGGUUGGGGGAUUACCCAAAUUGCCCCUACCUCCGGUCGGCGGAUUACCCAAAUUACCCCUCCCUCCCGUCGGUCUUCCUCCGGUCGGCGGAUUACCCAAAUUACCCCUCCCGCCGGUGGGUGGAUUACCCAAAUUGCCCCUGCCGCCGGUGGUGGUCGGCGGAAACCCGCCGAAGAGCAAACUACCCUGCCCGUCGCCUGCGGCGGCGACCUGCCCGAUAAAUGCGCUGAAGCUCGGCGCCUGCGUGGACCUCCUCGGCGGCGCCGUACACAUUGGGGUGGGAAACCCCGCCGAGAACAAAUGCUGCCCGAUUAUCUCCGGCCUGGCGGAGGUGGAAGCCGCCCUGUGUCUCUGCACCACCAUAAAGCUGAAUGCUCUGAACAUCAAGCUCUCCGUCCCCAUCGCUCUGCAGCUCCUCAUCAGCUGCGGCAAAACGCCGCCGCCGGGGUUCACUUGCGCCUUCUAGAACAUUCCAGUUUUCUAGAUAGAUUGCAAUGAUAAGGAAAUGUGGGAUUGUGCUAUUUUAUUUUAUUUUAUUUUAUUUGGGUAUUCGUUCUUGCGUUGUGCCAAUUCUAAUUUAAUUGUAUUUUUAUUGGAACUUAAGUUGCUUUUCGCCAUUGUUGGAUUUAUUGUGUGUAAAUUUGUGAUAGUUAUGUAUGUACGUACGUGCGUAAUUGUUUGCUGCAGACAUGGAAGCAAUGAAAUGAAAGGGUCAUGCUUCUUCUA